AACUAAGGGUGGCUCCUGUUGAGAGGUGACAGCGUGUUGGCAGCCCUCGCUCGCUCUUGGCGCCUCCUCAGCCUCGGCGCCCACUCUGGCUGCACUUGAGGAGCCCUUCAGCCCGCUGCUGCACUGUGGGAGCCCCUUCCUGGGAUGGCCGAGGCCGGAGCCGGCUCCCUCAGCCUUCUGGGAGGAAAAGCCAUGGAGACUUCAGCAUCCUCCUCCCAGCCUCAGGACAACAGUCAAGUCCACAGAGAAACAGAAGAUUUAGACUAUGGAGAGACAGAUUUCCACAAGCAAGAUGGGAAGGCUGGACCCUUUUCCCAAGAACAAUAUGAGAGAAACAAGUCUUCCUCCUCCUCCUGCUCUUCCUCCUCAUCCUCCUCAUCUUCUUCAUCCUCCUCCUCCUCCUCAGGUCCUGGGCAUGGGGAGCCUGACGUUUUGAAGGAUGAACUUCAACUCUAUGGAGAUGCUCCUGGAGAGGUGGUACCCUCUGGGGAAUCAGGACUCCGAAGGAGAGGCUCUGACCCAGCAAGUGGAGAAGUGGAGGCCUCUCAGUUAAGAAGACUGAAUAUAAAGAAAGAUGAUGAGUUUUUCCAUUUCGUCCUCCUGUGCUUUGCCAUCGGGGCCUUGCUGGUGUGUUAUCACUAUUACGCAGACUGGUUCAUGUCUCUUGGGGUCGGCCUGCUCACCUUCGCCUCCCUGGAAACCGUUGGCAUCUACUUCGGACUAGUGUACCGCAUCCACAGCGCCCUCCAAGGCUUCAUCCCCCUCUUCCAGAAGUUUAGGCUGACAGGCUUCAGGAAGACUGACUGAGGCCACUUCCAGGUGGGCAGCAGAGGCAGGCCCCGGUGUGACCACCACUGCGACCCCUGAGCCCAUAAGGGCAGAGCAGCAUUCUGAGAGACGCACAGGAGACCAAGCCAGACCAAUAAACAGAACACUUUUCCUUCCAUGUGGUCUGAAUGUUGGCACCAGCCCAGGCGGGGGCAUCUCAUUUGGGCAGUACUGCUGUGCAACCCAGCUGCGAGGAUGGAAGGCAGAGGGUGGGUGUGGGGCCUGAGGCUUCACAGUACCUGGACCAGCAGGAAGAUUCUGGGAGGUCACUGCUCUCAGAGGACAGCAAGAGACCCUGAGCUCUGCAAGCUGUGAUCUGUCUGGGUUCAUGGUUUUUCUCAAAUCCCAGGCUAUCCGCAUGCGCCCUCAGGUGCUACCGAGCCAUCCUGGGAGAGAUGGAUAGUCCACUGCUUUGAGGCAGGGAGCCAUUGGAUUGGGGCCCCUUGGUGAACCUGAUGCAGGUAAGAUGCUGAGGACUAAAACCAUUUUUUUGCACCCAAAAAAAAGGCAGGAAAAUGAUCAUCAGAAACUAAAUGGCAGCCAGGCAUGGGGGCUCACAACUGUAAUCCUAGCACUUUGGGAGGCUCAGGCUAAGGGUCGCUUGAAGCUAAGAGUUCAAGACCAACCUGGGCAACAUAGUGAGACCUGCAUCUCUACAAUUUUUUUUUUAAUGACCAAAUGUGGCGGUACAUACCUGUACAUACCUGCGGUUCCAGCUACUCAAGAGGCUGAGGCAGGAGGACUGCUUGAGCCCAGGAGUUCAGGGCUGCAGUGAGGUACGAUCAAGCCACUGCACUCCAGCCUGGGUGACAGAGCAAGAUCCUUUCUCUAAAAUUAAAAAAAAAAAAA